AUGGUGUUGGUUGAUUUAGGACGCAGGAUCAAUACCGCCGUCUCAGGGGCUAUCAAGUCCAAUGAAGUCAAUGAUGAUGCUAUUGAUUUAAUGUUGAAAGAAAUUUGUAAUGCAUUAUUAGAAUCAGAUGUUAAUGUUAAAUUAGUUGUUAAAUUAAGAAAAGAUAUUAAACAUAAAUUAAAUGCUGAAGGUGAAAAACCAGGUAUUAAUAAGAAAAAAUUGAUUCAAAAAGUUGUUUUUGAUGAAUUAUGUCGUUUAGUUGAUACUGAAACUGAACCUUAUAAACCUAAAAAGGGUAAAAGUAAUGUUAUAAUGUUUGUUGGUUUACAAGGUGCUGGUAAAACUACAUCAUGUACUAAAUUAGCUGUUUAUUAUCAAAGAAGAGGUUUUAAAGUUGGUUUAGUUUGUGCUGAUACUUUUAGAGCUGGUGCUUUUGAUCAAUUAAAACAAAAUGCAACAAAGGCAAGAAUUCCAUUUUAUGGUUCUUAUACUGAAACAAAUCCUGUUAAAGUUUCAAAAGAUGGUGUUGAUAAAUUUAAAAAGGAAAAAUUCGAUAUCAUUAUAGUGGAUACUUCAGGUAGACAUAGACAAGAAGAAGAUUUAUUUCAAGAAAUGAUUGAAAUUGGUGAAGCUGUUGAACCAAAUCAAACAAUUAUGGUUCUUGAUGCUUCAAUUGGUCAAGCUGCAGAAUCUCAAUCAAAAGCUUUUAAAGAAUCUUCAAAUUUCGGUUCUAUAAUAUUAACUAAAUUAGAUGGUCAUGCAAAAGGUGGUGGUGCUAUAUCUGCAGUUGCUGCAACAAAUACUCCAAUUGUUUUCAUUGGUACAGGUGAACAUGUUCAAGAUUUUGAAACUUUUUCACCAAGAUCUUUUAUUUCUAAAUUAUUAGGUAUUGGAGAUAUUCAAGGUUUAAUGGAACAUGUUCAAUCUUUAGAUUUAGAUAAUAAAGAUACUAUGAAAAAUUUACAAGAAGGUAAAUUUACAUUAAAUGAUUUCCAAAAACAAAUGCAAAAUAUAAUGAAAAUGGGUCCUCUGUCACAAAUUGCAAAUAUGAUUCCAGGUAUGGGUCAAAUGCUGGGACAAGUUGGUGAAGAUGAAGCUUCAAAUAAAAUGAAAAGAAUGGUUUAUAUAAUGGAUUCAAUGACUAAAAAAGAAUUAGAUAGUGAUGGACAAAUUUUCAUUAAUGAACCAACAAGAAUUAUUAGAGUUGCUCAAGGUUCAGGUACUUCUGCAACAGAAGUUGAAAUGAUUUUAAUGCAACAAAGAAUGAUGGCAACAAUGGCACAAAGAACAAAAGGUAUGAUGGAUCAAAAAGCUGGUGGUGCUGGACCAGGCGGUUUUCCAGGUAUGCCACCAGGUUUUAAACCAACACCUCAACAAAUCCAACAAGCUCAACAACGUCUGCAACAAAAUCCAGGUAUGAUGAAUAAAAUGAUGAAUAUGUUUGGUGGUGGUGGUAUGCCAGGUGCUGGAGCUGGUGGUAUGCCAGAUAUGAAUGAAAUGAUGAAGAUGAUGGGUGGUGCUGGUGGUGGUAUGCCAGAUAUGAGUCAAAUGAUGAAUAAUCCUCAAGUACAGCAAAUGAUGAAACAAUUUGGUAUGGGUUAA